CUCCGCGUCAUCUAUGCGUCAUCACCCUGAGUCGAGAGCACGAUUGGCGGGGCAUUUGGACCGUGGCUGCAUUGUCACCAGCGAUGAGCGCCGCGGGAGCGAUAGCGGCUGCUUCCGUGGGACGCCUGCGCACUGGUGUCCGGAGGCCCUUCUCAGCUUAUGGAAGAGGCCUCAUCAUCAGAUGUCACAGUUCAGGAAUGACUUUAGACAAUAUUAACCGGGCAGCCGUGGAUCGAAUAAUUCGGGUGGAUCACGCUGGUGAAUAUGGAGCAAACCGCAUCUAUGCAGGGCAAAUGGCCGUGCUCGGCCGGACCAGUGUUGGCCCUGUCAUUCAGAAAAUGUGGGAUCAAGAAAAGAACCAUUUGAAAAAGUUCAACGAGUUGAUGAUUGCGUUCAGGGUCCGGCCUACGGUUCUGAUGCCCUUGUGGAACGUGGCAGGCUUUGCCCUGGGGGCAGGAACUGCCUUGCUGGGGAAGGAAGGAGCAAUGGCCUGCACCGUGGCAGUAGAAGAGUCCAUUGCUCAUCACUACAACAACCAGAUCCGCACGCUGAUGGAAGACGACGCUGAGAAGUAUGAGGAGCUGCUCCAGGUCAUCAAGCAGUUUCGAGAUGAGGAGCUUGAGCACCACGACACAGGCUUGGACCACGAUGCAGAGCUGAUACUGUUUUAUCCAGAGGAAUCCAAACCCUGCCCUGCCAGUGAGUCCAGGCCUGACAUCUGAAACAUGCCUCGUGGCGUUUCAUUGUUGUUUGUUUCGGGGCUGGCGUUGGAUCCAGGGCCCUGCUAGGCAAGCACUCUACCACUGGACAUACCUCUUGCUCUGUUUGCUUCUUUUCCAAGCUCAGGGUACCGUCUGUGUUAGACAACACUCGACCACCCAGCUACAUCGCAGCCUUUUGUUCU